GCCCGAUCUCCCGGUACCCGCCCCUCCAGGCCGCCGCGCAGGCGGACACGUGGCCCGGGCGUCCCGGUACCGAGCCUUGUAAAUAAAGCGCCCCCCGGCCUCCCGAACUUUCCGAAACACCCAGGACUGCGUCUGGGAUGGGUACUGAACAUUGGUAAAAAGCUCUAUGAGGGUAAAACAAAAGAAGUCUAUGAAUUGUUAGACAGUCCAGGAAAAGUGCUCCUGCAGUCCAAGGACCAGAUUACAGCAGGAAAUGCAGCCAGAAAGAAUCACCUGGAAGGAAAAGCUGCAAUCUCAAAUAAAAUUACUAGUUGUAUUUUUCAGUUGUUACAGGAAGCAGGUAUCAAAACUGCUUUCACCAGAAAAUGUGGGGAGACCGCUUUCAUUGCACCUAAGUGUGAAAUGAUUCCAAUUGAAUGGGUUUGUAGAAGAAUAGCAACUGGUUCUUUUCUCAAAAGAAAUCCUGGUGUCAAAGAAGGGUACAAAUUUUACCCUCCUAAAGUGGAGAUGUUUUUUAAGGAUGAUGCCAAUAAUGAUCCACAGUGGUCUGAGGAACAACUCAUUGCUGCAAAAUUUUGCUUUGCUGGACUUGUUAUAGGCCAGACUGAAGUGGACAUCAUGAAUCAUGCUACACAGGCUAUUUUUGAAAUACUGGAGAAAUCCUGGUUGCCCCAGGACUGUACACUGGUUGAUAUGAAGAUUGAAUUUGGUGUUGAUGUCACCACCAAAGAAAUUGUUCUUGCUGAUGUUAUUGAUAAUGAUUCCUGGAGACUCUGGCCAUCAGGAGAUCGAAGCCAACAGAAAGACAAACAGUCAUAUCGUGACCUCAAGGAAGUAACUCCUGAAGGGCUCCAGAUGGUAAAGAAAAAUUUUGAGUGGGUUGCUGAAAGAGUAGAGUUGCUUCUGAAAUCACAAAGUCAGUGCAGGGUUGUAGUAUUAAUGGGCUCAACUUCUGAUCUUGGUCACUGUGAAAAAAUCAAGAAGGCUUGUGGAUAUUUUGGCAUUCCAUGUGAACUUCGGGUGACCUCUGCCCAUAAAGGACCAGAUGAAACGCUGAGGAUUAAAGCUGAGUACGAAGGGGAUGGCAUUCCUACAGUCUUUGUGGCAGUGGCAGGCAGAAGCAAUGGUUUAGGACCAGUGAUGUCUGGUAACACUGCAUACCCAGUUAUCAGCUGUCCUCCCCUCACUGCAGACUGGGGCGCUCAGGAUGUGUGGUCUUCUCUUCGACUACCCAGUGGUCUUGGCUGUUCAACCAUACUUUCUCCAGAAGGAUCAGCUCAGUUUGCUGCUCAGAUAUUUGGAUUAAACAACCAUUUGGUGUGGGCCAAACUGCGAGCAAGUAUAUUGAAUACAUGGAUUUCCUUGAAGCAGGCUGACAAGAAAAUACGAGAGGGCAAUUUAUAAGAAAAGAAUAUCGUUGCAUUUUUUUAGGAGAAAAACUAUAAUUUUCUAGUUUAUAGAAAUUAUAGAAAAAACUAAUUUUUUUUUCUGCAGAAAAAAAUCAGGCAAGAUGAAAAGAUUUUAAAUCAGAGAAAACGAAACUUAUUAGUGAAUAAUUGCUUCUCUAGAUUUAUGGGUUAGUAGAAUAUAUGUACAUAUCUAAAGACAUUUUUAAAUUAACCUCUGUCCCUCUAUAUGGUCAUUACUAGGUGGG